AUGCUGGAAGGAGAUGAUCCAAAUGCAGACCCUCAGAUAAAAGUACGAAUCGAGAACGGCAUCCUGCAUUCACCUUUUCCAUCCUCGGAUGUACCGACCUGCUCCUUCUACGCACUGGCGAGAGAGUUGCUGAAGAAGUCGCCAGAAAAAUUGAUGCUGGUGGACGAUUCACAAGCUUUGACACGCGCCGAAUGCCUGAUUCGGAUGCAGCGCUACGCUGCUGGGUUUCAAGCUCAUGGCGUCCAACCCGGCGACCACGUUUGUGUGCACUUGGAGGAUAGCGUGGAGAACUACGUGGCCAUGUUCGGAUGUGUCUUCGCCGGAGCAGCGAUCGUCUUGGCAAAAAACUCUCUGACAGAAAGGGAACUCUAUUAUCAAGUUAAGCACGCCGACGUUGUGCACAUCUUGACCGGCCAAAAGUUUGUUCAGAAAGUGUCCAAUGUUCAUGCCAUGGCACCAUUCAAGAGCCUCUUCGUGAUGGGAGAUGCCGCGGGAUUUGUCUCCGCCUCCAACUUUUCUGACCUGAAAGAAUCCGAGUUCAAGGAGAUCCCCGUACAGGACCCGGAGCGCACCCUCUUGGGGCUGGUCUACACGUCGGGCACCACGGGACUCCCCAAGCCCGUGGAAAUCACGCAUUACAACUACGUAGCUUCUUUCUACGCGUCUGCGAAGGCCUUUACUCAUACCGACACAGAAGUGGUCUUGAUAUGGACCUCAAUCGUUCACUCCUCGGGGUUAUGGACUCUCCUCGUGGCACUCGGUGGAGUGAAGUGCGUUAUUUUGCCUACUGGCUUGGGAAUGGACAGAUACGCCGAUGCGAUCGACAAGUUCAAGAUAGCAACCUUCGCCUGCUUUCCCUCGAAAAUCCAAAAGCUGGCGGAAUACGUUCAGUCCACGGGCCGGAAACUGCCCACAGUGCGAAACGUCGUUGUCUCCGGCAGCGCGUUCUCUGAGGAGGCCGCAAAGCUGGUCCUGAGCGUCUUUGGAAGCCUUCGAAGCCUGAGGGUCUUUUACAUGAUGUCAGAAUCAAGGGGUAUCAUCUGCACUUGGCCGAAAGGGCUAAUCUCUUACACCGACGUUGGAUAUCCUGGCCCAUUGUUCGAGAUCAAGAUCAUUGAUCCGAGCAACGGUCACACGCUGGGACCAAACAAGCUUGGCGAGCUCUGCUACCGUUCGCCCUCGGCAUCUAGGGGCUAUUACAAGCAUCCUUUGGAAACUGCACAGUUUAGAGACGGCGACGGAUGGUGUCAGUCCGGGGAUCUGGCCCACUACGAUACAGAUGGCCGAGUUCGACUUGGGGGGAGAAUCAAGGAAAUGAUCAAGUGCCUGGACAACCAGGUGGUUCCAGCAGAACUCGAAGAAUUGCUGCUCGCCUACCACGGCGGAAUCGCCGAGGUGUCCGUGGUGGGCCUGCCCGACCCGGUCUACGGCGAAGCACCGGCCGCCUUUGUCGUGCCCAAGGGAGAUGUCGGAAAGGUUCAUCCAGCGAUGGAGAAAGAGAUCAAAGACAUCAUUGCAGGAACCUGUGCUGAGCACAAGCAUCUCUACGGCGGCGUCUUCUUCGUGGAAGCUCUCCCGAAAACGGACACCGGAAAGGUUCAGAAGAAAGCGCUGGUCGACACCUGGGCCACCGUCGCAUAUGGCAGCCCUCGUAACGGCUAAACGGAUGACUUUCCGAAAAGUGUUUUGCUUUGAACCAGCCAGUGUGAGCUUAGCUGUUGAUUUGUCCUAUCUAGAGUUUACGACUCUGCGUAGGAUCGGUGAAGGACUUGCGUGAAUAAAGAUUCCGGGGGUGUAGUUAAUAAUGAAGUGUUAAACGUUGUUUAUUUUUGUAUCUCUUUUGGAUCGGGAUUUUGUUGUGUUGUGUCAUUUACUUAUUCGGGGUUAUCGCAUGAGAUGAUAUCAAAGUUUGAGAGACGCGAUUCGCCUCAUGAUUCGUUUUCCGUCGUUCUAAUGCUGCAAUCCCAUUGGCCGAGGAGUUUUAAUAAGAUGCAUUGCGACUCGCCACGCCCUGCUCUUCUUAAUCUGCCAGUGGAUGUAGGAAACUCUGUCACCAGUG